AUGAAACUCUUCUCAACUUCUACUCGACGUAGUAACAGUAUUACCAGCAACAUGAGCUCCAUAGUUCCAUACAAAGAUCAGCAGCUUUCCCAACAUGACUUUGCAGUGUUUCAGCAAAAAUUUCAGUUCAUUCGUGACGAUGACGACGAUGCUGAGAAGGGUCAGACGGACUGGCAGAUUCGCAUGAGUGUACGCUAUUAUCGACAACUGUUCCGGGAAUACGCACUUGCUGAUCUAUCUAGGUAUAAAGAGGGCAAGAUUGGUCUUCGUUGGCGUACGGAGAUGGAAGUCGUAGCUGGAAAAGGACAGUUUUCAUGUGGGAAUAAACAUUGUGACGAACGGACUGGACUGCAUAGUUACGAGCUAUUAUUCGCAUAUGUGGAGCUUGGAGAGAGGAAACGGUGUUUGGUCAAGGUGCGUGCGUGCAGUAAUUGUGCUGAGAAGCUGUUUUAUAGAAAACUGGAAGAGAUGAGGAGGAAAAAGGAAGUGGAAAGAAGAGAGCGGAAACGACGGCAAGUGGAAAAAGGGGUAUCGGAUACAAGAAAGGAGAAACGACGUCGACACUCGAUGUCACAUUGUGACCUGUAUGACUGUGGUGAGACCGCUGACGGGCUUGAUGAUGUUAAUGAGCGGAAAGAGAGAGUAAGUGACGAACUUGAUGCAGAAUGUGAUAAGGAGAUUCACGAGCUGUGCACGAAGAUCAAUGCCGAGCAAAAUGCGUCUUAUUCGCGAGACUUGGACGAGCCGAAGAACGAGUUUGAGGAGCUGCUACCUUAA